AUGGCUACUGAAGAUAACCCGCCCCAAGCUGGGAAUGAAGCCGGACGAUACCCUCUGUCGCGCCGGAUCUACUGUGCAUGGAUGAUCAUCUCUUGCGCAUCAACUACGAUGUUCAGAGGAGAUGACCCGACAGCUGUGCGAACUGUACGACUGCGAUGCAACGAAGUCUUAGAUGCGGAAGAGGCAAACGAGGCAGAACGGUACCUUGAGGGAGAGGCCAAACGCAGGAAGGCCAAUCUCCAGGCAAUGAAGGAGGCCCUGCUCAAGUCCAAGUCUGCUCGAGGGUAA